CGCUGUCUUCCGCCUACGCGCUGCACACUCGCACGUCGGAGCAACCCAGCCCGCCGCACCCCGAGCAGAUUAUUGUCGUCGACGCAACACUAAAGCUACCCCGCGCGUUACACAACGAUUCGUGCACGUGCGUGGGCGCCACAUUUUUCCUCAAUUGACCGAGUGUUUUUUUUUUUUUUUUUUAAAUAAUUACAAUUAUUAACCUAACACGCCAACGCGAGAGUCUCGACCCUUCGGCCAGUGUUUAGAUGUAGGCAGUGCUCGGUCGUCGUGUACACGCCAGCGUCGUCGUCCGGAUAACCGCGCAGGAUACGUAACGUUUGGGUCAGGAUAUUGAUGGCGUUGGCCACAACCGCGGUGGCCGUCUGGUUUUCGUCGUGAUGGACCAUUUGGAUAUCGGCGGUGGCUGCGGCACACGACGAGUGCGCAACACGAUCACAUGUCACACGACGUAAGUGGCCGCGGUGCUGGUGAUCGCAGCAGCUCGGCUCGCUCUACGGGUAAGCGGCGGCCGCUGCGGGGUACGGUGUCCCGGUACCGGAGCGGGCUCUUCCACAACCGUUGGACGUGACAAUUAUGGUCGUGGCCGCAACCAUGGCCAGCAUGGAUGACCACGAGAGGAAGAUUGUCGUCGAGUUCUGUCAACUGCUCGAGCAGUCUAAGCAGUUAUUCAACGGACUCCGAGACCUUCCACAAUGCGGUCAAAAAAUUUGGCAAGGAUAUUUUGGCAAAACUUUCGACGUUUAUACCAAACUUUGGAAGUUUCAACAGCAACACAGGCAAGUGCUGGAUACAAAGUACGGUCUAAAGCGAUGGCAAAUAGGCGAAAUAGCCUCGAAAAUAGGUCAACUGUAUUAUCAUUAUUAUCUCAGGACGAGCGACACGAAUAAUUUGAACGAAGCGUAUUCGUUUUAUUCGGCCAUCAGGGGAAGACAAUACUACUCCAGGGUGUCGCAGGAAGACAGGUGCCACCUUAAGCACAUAAGCUCAGAUUGUUGUAAACGUGAAAUGUAUACAUGUGUGUCCCAUUGCAGGUCGGACCUAAUGGUGAAAAAACUCAGAUACUACGCCAGGUUCAUUGUGGUGUGUCUGUUGCUCAGGCGGGUUGGAGCCAUCCGAGAACUGUUGGCCGAACUCGACAAGCAAAUCGUUGACUACACAAGCACUUAUGAACCGGACGACCAAUUGGAAUGGUCUUUAGUGCUGGAAGAGAUCAAAACGUUCGUAAAAGCCGACAGCAUUGUGAACGUGUUACACGCCGACCAGAGCAGCGUUAUACUCUCGCACAGAUUGACACCGCUGACAACGCCUCCGGUGGAAAAGUCUACCAUGAUGAAUCUCUCGUUGCAAGAGAUUAUACUCAUAGGAAACGCCUCGGAACAGGUAAAAUUUAGCGAAAUGACCAUCGACAUGUUUCGCAUGAUGCAAACGUUGGAACGAGAGAAAAACCGAGAAGAAACGAAUCACGUAUCCGAUCCACCUUCGAGAGCGUCUUUUGAAAAAAGCUAUUCGAUAACUAGCAACAAAACGCUAGCGUAUCCAAUGAUGGCGAAUCAUGACGUUAAUAGUUCCAGGAGAGAAAAUCCCCACAAAUAUAUCUUGUACAAACCGACCAUUACUCAAAUAAUGAUGUUUUUAGCUACAGGUUUCAAAGAGCUUCCUGCCAAUGGCGUGCUGCUCAUGUACGUGUCGGCGGACGGAUGCUUUCAGACCUCGAAACAUGUUAACGACUUGGGUUAUGACUGCGGUGGUAUUAUGGCCAGUAGCAAACGAGAAAUGGAACUGACGAACAAAAAAGGAGUGCACGUUAAAGAAAUCCAUUGUCUGUAUCCCGGAGACCUUUACCCGUUCACCAGAAAACCGUUGUUCGUCAUCAUCGAUUCGGACAACAGCUUUGCCUUCCAGUACAUUCCUCGGUAUUUCGGUCAUCCGUUCGUCGUGCUCAUGUCUCCACAAGAGCUACCCGAUAAACUGCACGAACAACUACAGCACAACGGCAGUCUGUUUACGCUGUUCUUGCACAGUCCUCUGACGGCGUUUUGUCUUAUUUGCAACAUCUUAACGGUGAAAAUGCACUUGUGGGAAAGGGCCAAUUCGUACGUGGACAGAUUCAUCACGGAGGCCAGUCGACUGUUCACCAGCAAAGUUAAACCAGACGUAUCGUACAUACAGUUCUUCGGUGACGAUUUCCUAAGGCUUCUAUUGUUGCGCUAUGUUUUUUGUCACGUCGUCUUACGACACCAUCGGGCUUUCAACGGAGAACAAUAUCUUCCGCGGUGUCAGCCACCUUUACCAUUGGCGAGCUUUUUGGAAGAAAUUUCCCUGAAGAAAUAUGUCAGAGAAUUGGCAAAACAUUUGGACGUCUUGUCGCAUUUCGAAAACUUCGAAUGAUCCUCCACGACCAGUAUCAGAAUCGAUUACCGGUCGUUCACUUCUUCCAGUAUCAAAAUAAUUACUAUUAUUAUUAUUGUUAUUUGAUUAUUAUUAUUAUUAUUAUAUUAUAUUAGUUAUGUAGAAAAUACCGGAACAUGUUUAUUGUAUAAAAAAAAACCGUACAAUAUAUAUAAUAAUAUUAUGUACAAAGUCGGAUAAAAAUGUAUGUAUAAAAUCCGCUGCCAUGUUGAUCCGGCUUUUGACCAAACGUACUUAUAACGACGGUGAUUUCUUCGAUUAGUGUUAUUGUUUCGUUCUAAUUUGUACAAUAUUAUUCUUGAGACCACACAGACAACCCACUGCGGUAGACCUGUGUCUUGAGACGGUUCCAAAUUUCCGGUCAGCUCGGUAAUGGCCAAAAAUUAUUAGCGUUUAAACAUUUGUAUUUGUUAUCUUCGUUAUAAUUUUUAUGUAAACUGUAAUAAAAUAUUAUAAGUACCAACUGUAAUGUAUUCAAGUUGGAUAAAAAAAAAAAAAAAUUUCACGACAAAUCGUAUCUUAUCAAAACAUUCUUAUUUUUUUUUGUUUUCUUCCAAUUUCAUCAGUUUGUUUCCAAAUCUUCCAUUUUAUAAUAUGUAAUGAAUAUAAGUACUUAUUAAAACAAAUUACACAAAAAUAAUGUUUAGAAAAGUACAGUAUUUUUUAUAAAAUUCGUCGAUAUAUUUGUAUUAAUUAUAUAUAAUAUAUAUAUACUAU